AUGGCGGAUCCCACCCCCUCCACCGAUGCCACUACCAGGCACGAUACCGACCCGUCCGCCGACAACUCCACCCCCAGCACCACUCCCGGCAAGACCGACACGACCACCACCGUCUCCGUCGCCGAGGGCACCCCGACAAAAACCCAGUGUAAGAAGCAUCCCGCCAAGGAGACAGAGCGCCCCGCCAGGAAGAACAAAAAAUCCCGCAAGGUCGUCAACACGCCUAGUGAGGAUAGCUCGUCGGACUCCACAUCCGACUCCGACAGCCCAACCUCCGACGACUCCGAAGCGAGUGAGGAAGAGGACUCGCCGGACAGCUCGUCCGAAUCCGAUGGGAACCGGAAAAACCGCCGGCGGCGAACCCGGAUACGGGCCAAAAAGAACCUCAGGUCCAGCCGGAAGAAGAAAUAUCGAUCGGAGUCGGAAAGUGACGCAGAUGAAACGGACGAGGAGGAUUCCGCCGUCGAUGAGAAAGCGCUCAGGAAGCUGAUCGCCCGACUCAAGGUCAAACGCAAGGCCAAGAAGCUUCGUGCCCAGGAGGAUUCGUCGGACGAUGAGGACGAGGACGAGGACGAGGAUACGACCGACUCUGACGAGACGGCGCUCCUGCUCGCCAAGGAGCGUCUCUCGACGUUGCGGAGCAAACGCUCCGACACGCGCCGCCACAAGGGUCGCGGAAAGCGAGGCUCGUCUGACGGCCUGACCGAUGGCCAUAAAGGCAGCUCCCAGAAAUCCAAAGGCCGGAAGAAGGCCGCGUCGAAGAUGGCCUUCAAGCGGGUGGAUCAAUUGUGGGAUAGCACGAUCCAUAACUUCAAGCUGACAGAAACGGUCGACGAUCCGGACGCGGAUGAGUGGGAUCAGUACAUCUUCACGGUGCGCCGCAAGUUCGAUUGGGAGAACAAAUACAUGGAGACCGUCGUCGACAUCAAGAGUAAACAUCUCCGCGAUGCGCUGUCCAAGAUUAUGGACGGCGUCAAGGGAGUCAGUCUCGUGCAGGAAACGGCCGUGGUCGACCCGAACAUGCUCUUCCUGUACCUCGAGGAGACCCGGCAGUACAUGAAGGAUCUGAAGCAACAGUCCAGGACGGAGAAGAAGAAGAAGGCCCGCCGGGCCGCCACCCUCAAGGCUAACCACCUGAAGGUGCUCAUCAAGUAUUUGGACGUUGACUACGCGGACACCAAGAAGACCCUGUACCCCAUGCUGGACAACAACACGAUCACGUUCGACCUGUUGUGGGCGCUGUUUAAGCCCAAUACCAUUGCGUACUCUCCCACGUACGGCAACCAGGACGAGCCCCGCGCCUUCAAGAUCGAGUAUGCCACAAAGGAGUCCUCCUUCAUGAAAGGCACGUGGUACAGCAUCGAAGGCCGUUAUCUCGAGUAUGACGGCAAAUCCUUUGGCAUGGGGACCAUGGCCGCCGAGGUGGAAUCCUUCAAGGGCACGCGCAAGAUCACCACUCUUGGAUGCUAUCCGCUCAAGUACCACCGCGAGUCCGAGGAUGUCAAGGCCCGGCUGAUCGAGCGCGGCAAGAAGUUCGUUUCCCUGCGCGGGAUGAACUACCGAUUCCACAAGGGCAUGGGCUUCUACAAGAAAAAGCGGACCGUGAUCAAGGUCAACAUCAACGGGCGCGUCAUGAUUGAUCCGGCCAUCCACCGGCGCAUCAACCCCAACUACCCGAUCAGCACCGUGCGUCCCAAGGACCCGGACUUCCUCGACCAAUCUGACGACGAAGACGACGAGGAUGGCUGCUGCUGUGCCGCGUCCGACUCCGACUCCGAUCAGGCGUGCGGCCGUCGCGAUUCCGAUGCCCCCCUCGUCCGGUACAAGGUCGUCCGGGACAAGGAAAACCGUCCGCACGUCGUGGAAGUCGAGCUCGAUGAGCAUGGCAACGAGAUCCGAAAGGAGAACAUGGACGAAGUCGAGGAUCCCUCGGAGCGCGACUUUAGCGAGGAAGAACUGCUCAUCGCCAGUCCCGUCGUCCUCGGCUUCGCCUUCAGUGAAAAGUUGUGGCUCGAAUUCUCCAUCUCCGGUAUCAGCGACAUCGACUGGAACGAGGAUGCCUUCGACUCGCUUGUCCUCCCGGGCAACCAAAAGUCCAUCGUGAAGGCCCUCGUCGAAUCGCACACCUUCUGCGCUGCGCAGAACAUCGACGACGUCAUCCAGGGCAAGGGCCGCGGCCUCGUCGCCGUCCUCCACGGUCCACCCGGCACCGGCAAGACCCUCACCGCGGAAGGCAUCGCGGAGCUCCUCAAACGGCCCCUGUACAUGGUCAGCGCCGGCGAGCUCGGCACGGACUCGCGCACCCUCGAAGCCGAGCUCAACAAGAUCCUGGACAUCGCUCACUCGUGGGGCGCGGUGCUCCUCCUCGACGAGGCGGACAUCUUCCUCGAGAAGCGCACCAUCCAGGACAUCCACCGCAACGCGCUGGUCAGCAUCUUCCUGCGCCUCCUCGAAUACUUCCAGGGCAUUCUCUUCCUGACGACCAACCGCGUUGAGACCUUCGACGACGCUUUCCAGUCGCGUAUCCACGUCGCCCUGCGCUACGGCGACCUCACCACCAAGGCGAAGCGCAGCGUCUGGAAGAUGUUCGUGGAGCGUGUGCAAGCCAUGGAGGGUGUUCAGACGGCCGAGUUCUCGGAUAAGGACUUUGACGCACUGUCCCGGCAUAAUCUUAAUGGACGACAGAUCAAAAACUCCGUCCGCACAGCCCAGGCCCUCGCCGUCAACGAGAGAACCCCGCUUUCCAUGGAACAUAUCAAGCGUGUUCUCGAAGUCGCCGAGACGUUCGACCACGACCUCCGUGGAGGUACGGGGUACAUCGAUGCGAUGCGGAGCUAUACUUAG